GACGGCCGCCAUGAUCCCACUCGCCGCCUGCAUAUAUGUCCUUUCUCUCUCGGUCGAGAGAGAGAGAGAGAGAGUGAGUGGGAGAGAAAGAGAGAUGGCUCGCGCAGAGGAAAAGUUGGAGAUCAGGUUAGAGGGAUUGAAGCGUCCGGACUACGCCAAUUCGGAGGCUCUUCUUGUGGAGGAACUGAAGAGCCCAGAGGCAAAGCUUGGGAUCACUGUGGAGGAGUUGUGGCGAGUCCAGGAACCGCUGCUCACCCCCUCAGAGAAGCUCAACUCCUGCUUCGAAAACAUUCCAGUGUCUUCCUUCCCACCUUCCUCCCUGUCUCAGAUAAUUGAGAUCAAUUCGCACGCGAGCUUGGCGGAGGCUGUCGAGAUCCUGUCGAAACACAAGAUUCUGAGUGCCCCUGUGAGGAACGUGGAGGCCGAAGAGGGUGCGGGUUGGAUGGAUCAGUACAUAGGCAUUGUUGAGUUCGCAGGCAUUUCUGUUUGGCUUCUGCAUCAGUCUGAAGAUGCAGAAAGAAAGGCAGAUGGGUCCACUGUACCUGGGCUUGUUAAUGGAAGUUUAGUUGGUAAUGCUGCUUCUAGUGUGCCCAGACCCGGAAAACUAGGACGCUCAGACUCUGUUGCUUCAAGGGGAGCAGACUUUUUUGAAGCCCUCACUUCAUCAGAUUUCUAUAAGAAUACAAAGGUUAGAGACAUAGCUGGAUCUUUCCGGUGGGCUCCUUUUCUUGCCCUUCAGAGCUCAGACUCUUUUCUGACCAUGCUUCUGUUAUUAUCUAAGUACGGGAUGAAAAGCCUUCCUGUAGUCGAUCUUGGUGAAGGAAAGAUUGAUAAUGUCAUCUCACAAUCUUCUGUUGUACACAUAUUAGCUGAAUGUGUGCGGCUUCCUUGGUUUCAGAAUUGGGGCACAAAGAAACUAUGUGAACUUGGCCUUCCAGUUAUGAAACCUAAUGACUUAGUCAAGAUUUAUGAGGAUGAACCUGUCCUUCUGGCCUUUAAUCUGAUGAGAGAAAAGGGGAUUGGUGGGCUUCCAGUUGUCGACAGUACCGGAUUGAAACCACUUGGAAAUAUUAGCAUAAGGGAUGUGCAAUAUCUUCUGACUGCACCCGAGAUGUACAAGGAUUUCAGAUCAAUCACUGCCAAGAACUUUCUGACAGCCAUUAGAAGCCACCUGUUGGAGCACCAUGAAUCUUCCCCUAUGCUGCUGGGAACAAUUGCUUGCAGGAGCAGUGACACAUUACAAGAUGUUAUUUUGAAGCUCGAUGGUGAAAAGAUACAGAGAAUAUACGUUGAAGACGAAGGAGGUCACCUGGAGGGAGUCAUAACUUUAAGAGACAUCAUCUCCAAGCUUGUUGUGGAGCCACCCGGCUACUUUGGGGACUUCUUUGAUGGGGUAGUACCUCUACCCCAGAACAGCAGAGUCUGACUUGUUUAUCAUUUUAAUGACGUUCUCUGCUUGUUGUCUGUGUAUUAAGGACAUAAAUUUCUCUUCUGAUGCUCUUCUAAGUAGUUGUAUAGACUUUCUUCCUCAAUGAAAAUAUUGUUGAUGUCUUCAUAAAAAAGGGAGCAGA